GCCAGGGCCCUUGUCCUUAUUAUAACCGCAUCCCGCUGCUUCUGUCAGCCUGAAUUCGUUCAGUAUGGCUUGGCAGAGGCCCAGUUGUGUCGUUCAAGCGAUGCAAUUGCUUCGACUGCAACCUCUCCGGUCCUCCGCAUCCCCUCUUUCUCCGACUCACACACAGUUCCUCUUGCGGUCCCAAAAGGCCAAUUCUCGCGGCUAUGCGACAGGGACAUCGUCCGAUUCCUCGGUACAGGUGGUGCCCGAGGCUACACCAGCAGCACCUGCAAUCGACUUCGACCAAUUCCCGUACCGACCUGCCCGGAUUGUUCCCGCGUCUCCAUCAUACUUUUCUGGAAGCCCCAAAUUCAUCGAUCACCUGUUGAGAUUGGAGAACCUGCUGGCCGAGAAUGAACGUUUGCCGAAAACAUCGCCUAUGCACGUCCCGCGAAAGGCCUGGCUCAAAUUGGCUCAGUUCCGCGACUUCGUCGGUGAGCCUGUGCCAACGAAGAAAUACAAGAGCUUGAUCAAGAUUCUCCAGCGAAUCAACCGGAUCAGACCGGAGAUCAUUCCUGAUUAUGCGAACAAUAUAAUUAACGAAUACGUCCGUCCUGGAAACCCGUACGGAGUCAAGCCGGCACCCCCAACAUUGGAUGAAAUGGGUCGGGCCCGUGGUCGUGGGAAGCGAAAGACUUCGUCCGCCGUUGUCUACUUGGUCGAAGGUGAAGGCGAGGUGCUUGUGAACGGGAAGACUCUGUCGGAGGCAUUUCCGCGCGAGCAUGACCGGGAGAGUGUGGUGUGGCCGUUGAGCUGUACCGAGAGACUGGACAAGUAUAACGUGUGGGCUACUGUCAAGGGAGGCGGUACCACCGGACAAGCAGAGUCCAUUACAUUGGCCCUUGCUCGGGCAUUGCUGGUUCAUGAGCCUGGUCUGAAGCAAGCUCUGCGGAAGGCUGGUACGGUUACCGUCGACGCUCGUCGUGUGGAGAGAAAGAAGCCCGGUCAUGUCAAAGCCCGCAAGAAGCCCGCCUGGGUCAAGCGGUAAAGGCAAAUGCAUGUUCUUUAUGUCGUUUCUUUUCUUCCUUGCUGUACUAUUAUCCCGCGUUUUCGACGAAAGUAUAUCCUGUAUUCAAAAAGCAUCCCGGACUUUGUUCUGGGACUCGCAUAUUCUAUGGUAAGAGCAAUGUAACUAUGGCGUUGGUUUAUGACUUGGAUUAUCUGUAUGUGUGAUGGUGAAUACAAAAUAUUCAACAAUUAGGAGCCUCGAGGGAUUUCCCAGAUUAAGGUAUGCAUUUGAGGAUCGAAAGAGUGCCAUGUGUACAAUUCAGCCGCCUUGUCUAUGGUUCCAUAAACAACACUCCAGGAGAUUCAAUGAAAUCCCUCAUAGACUCGGCCAUACAUAGACAUACAUUCAUGCAGUCAAGGCACAAAAACAGACGAGAUCCACUG